UACUGUGCAAUUUCAAGCGAGGCUAUUAUUGAUUGUAGAUUUGUUAAUGAGUACGCUCUUGCAGCUCGAUAUGAGAUUUAUAAAACAUCCUAUUUACAGCAUUCAUUCCUUUCUUGUGUGUGUACGUGACAUCACGAAACGUUACGCAAGCGAAAACUUUUGCUUAGCUUCACAAAUUUACUGCAAGAAGUUUAUCAAACAGAAACAAGGUUGUCGUUGCACAUUACGAGUUUCCACGAAUUCCUUGUAUUUAUCAAUUUCACUUGAGGCUUGGUUUUUGCGAGCAAACAGCGGAGAGGGUUUCCAUUGCUUAUAGAGCGUCCCGAAAGUGCGACACUUAUGAAGAGAAAAGAGUUGUCAUUAAGGCGGAGAUCCGUGCGGGUUGUUCGUAAUGAAACGAAAACGGCGCGUCGAAUCGAGUCGCGAAAAUAAAUGACAUCAGAUCUCCUGUCACUCCGUUUUCAUCUCGGGGGAUGAACGCACUUUGCAACAAGCUUACUGUUUAAUAGCAAUCGCCGUUGUGCGCGCGACCCGCUUGCUAGAUUGUAAAUCUUUGCGCGUACGCGGAGUGAUUAAUUGUUCGACUAACUGUAUGAAAGGGCAAAAUGAAAUUGGCAGUGGACUUGUUUUCUGUUUUUUUUUUGUUGCAUUCAACGAGAACGGCUUUCAAGUUCGCUUUUUUAAUCAUGGAAAAUCAUGGUAGAAGAGAGAACCUGCAUAUUGUUCUUUGUUCAUACAGAAAUAAUACUGUCGAUAUCGAUUCGGAAAAUAGAUUUUUACUUUUGGUUCUGCGCUGCGUCUUUUAACACAAUAAAUUAUAGCUAUUUUCAUCUAUUCCAAUGGUUCUUUUUAACAGCUUUCGACAGUUCUCGCACAGAUUUCUAAUUACGACGAUAGAAAUGAAAAAUAAAUCCGUAUGAAUAAUUUCACAAAUUUUUAGUUUUAUUUCUGCAUCGCAUUUUUUAAAUACACUUAAUUGCUAUUUCUAUCGAUAUCAAUAGUGCUUUUUGAAUAAAGCAUUGCUCACAAUUUUUGGCUCGGAAAACACGACAAAUAUACGAUGAAUAAUGCAACGUAUGGAUUAGAGUAGAGUGGAAUUGGACUCGCAAUUAUUUGUAAGCGAUGAAUUUUGAAAUUAAUAGUGUAAGUGAUAAAAUUAAUGAUAUCAGAGUGUCGAUGUUUAGCGCGUUAAUUCAAUGAUACUAGGAACCUGUUAAUGCGACAGACAUGGUAAUACGGAUAUAGCGAGGUAACGGCGAUCAUACCCUUAAUCAGCCUCCGACGUACGAUGUUAUUGGAUUCAAUCGACACAUGAACGUUCGAGCGCGAAGACGAGCGCGAGAAGAAUCACAGGAAGCCGGCGGGAGGGGCGGAGAGAGUUUAUCGAUUUCCCCCAAGCCUGGGAAGGUCUGGCCUAGGAAGAGGCUUCUCUCGAGAGGUCCCUCUCGCCAUUUCGCUCUCGUGUGCGCGGAAGGAGACUUACCGAGAAUUUUUCUCACGUUUUCAGCCGAGGGCGAUCAUGACAGGAACAUACCGGAGAUCGAAAGCGCGUACGAAGAUGAGGAGCAGUUCGCCAGGGGCGGCAGAACCCCUGGUGAAGGCGUUAGUAAAGAAGACGGUCCAGGCGGAGGUGGUACAAACGACUUUCCCUUGAGAAUGGCGGCCGACACAACGAGGGGUCGAAUCACUGCCGUCGCCGGCGGCUUCCUGCGAGGCGCCGGGCAGCAUGUGAACUUCGACCCCGAGGCGCCUCCACCGCCGCUGCAUGUCGCACAACAGCAGACGACUAGUUUACUCGAACGACCGGAAAUCGACAAGAAAGUUAAGAGGCACAGCAUACACGGCAUGAUGGAGGAGGAGAACGUGGUGAGGCCUCAUCAGGAAAUGGCCAGCCUGUCGCUCCAGGAGAAGAAAUAUCUUCUCGCCGUUGAGCGCGGAGACGUGGCUUCCGUCAGAAGAAUGCUCCAAAAAGCCCACGAGGCCGACAUUAACAUCAACUGCGUGGAUCCUCUCGGACGAUCGGCGCUGCUCAUGGCGAUCGAUAAUGAAAAUCUGGAGAUGGUGGAGCUUUUAAUAGAGCACAAGGUCGAUACCAAGGAUGCACUCCUUCACGCCAUCUCCGAGGAAUUUGUCGAGGCGGUGGAGGUCCUUUUGGAGCAUGAGGAGACACUCCAUAGAAAUGGCGAGCCACAUAGCUGGGAGGCUCUACCCCCUGAUACAGCCACGUUCACGCCCGACAUCACGCCGUUGAUCUUGUCGGCCCAUAGAGACAACUAUGAAAUCAUAAAGAUCCUUUUGGAUCGCGGAUCCACCCUACCGAUGCCGCACGACGUACGUUGCGGAUGCGACGAGUGCGUGACAUCGAGGAUGGAGGAUUCCCUGAGGCAUUCGAGGAGCCGAAUAAACGCCUAUCGGGCUCUGGCGUCGCCGUCCUUGAUAGCACUGUCGUCUAAGGAUCCCAUACUGACUGCCUUCGAGCUCUCCUGGGAACUUCGACGACUUUCGUUCUUAGAGCACGAGUUCAAGUGCGAGUAUCAAGAGCUCCGAAGACAGUGCCAAGAUUUCGCCACCGCUUUGCUGGACCACACCAGAAGUUCCUACGAGCUUGAGGUCCUGCUGAAUCACGAUCCAACGGGACCAGCCUUCGAGCACGGGGAGAGGAUGCAUCUCAACCGCUUGAAAUUAGCGAUUAAACUGCGGCAAAAGAAGUUCGUGGCGCAUCCUAACGUGCAGCAGCUACUAGCAUCGAUCUGGUACGAGGGCCUGCCGGGGUUUCGGCGGAAGAACAUGUUCCUUCAGGCGCUGGAGAUCGUCAGGAUCGGCGUACUCUUCCCGUUUUUCAGCGUGGCGUACAUCAUUGCGCCCCACAGCAUAGUCGGCCAAACCAUGAGAAAGCCAUUCAUCAAAUUCAUCUGUCACUCCGCGUCGUAUUUCACUUUUCUAUUCAUGUUAAUUCUGGCUAGUCAGCGAAUAGAAACUGUGAUUGGCAAUUGGUUGGGACACGAGACCCCCGAACAGGAACCAGUGCCGACGAAAAGAGGCGCCGCACCUACGAUCGUCGAAUGGUUUAUAUUAGCCUGGGUGUCGGGGCUGAUCUGGUCGGAGGUGAAACAGUUGUGGGACGUGGGCCUGGAGGAAUACGUGAACGACAUGUGGAACGUGAUCGACUUCGUGACGAACUCGCUGUACGUAGCCACGGUCGCGCUGAGGGUCGUCGCUUACUACAGGGUGCAAAAGGAGAACGCGGACCUGAAGUUGGCGGGCGCGGAGCCGAUCGAGCUUGAGCGCGAGGAGUGGGACACUUGGGAUCCGAUGCUCAUCUCCGAGGGUCUCUUUUCCGCCGCCAACAUCUUCAGCUCGCUGAAGCUCGUCUACAUAUUCUCCGUGAAUCCUUACCUCGGCCCGCUGCAAGUUUCCCUGUCGAGAAUGGUCAUAGACAUUAUGAAGUUCUUCUUCCUCUACGUGCUGGUGCUCUUCGCCUUCUCGUGCGGUCUCAAUCAACUUCUCUGGUAUUACGCCGACUUGGAGAAGAAGCGAUGCCCCACGGCGUGGACGUAUUCGUCUAACGGCAGCAUCAACUCCACCGCCAACGCAGACUCCAACGCGUGCGUCGUCUGGCGUCGAUUCGCAAAUUUGUUCGAAACGAUACAGACGCUCUUCUGGGCGGUGUUCGGCCUGAUUGACCUCGAGAGCUUCGAGCUGGACGGCAUCAAGAUAUUUACCAGGUUCUGGGGUAUGCUGAUGUUCGGCACUUACUCGGUCAUCAACAUUGUCGUCCUCUUGAACCUUCUGAUCGCCAUGAUGAAUCAUUCCUAUCAACUAAUCUCGGAACGCGCCGAUGUCGAGUGGAAGUUCGCCAGGAGCAAACUUUGGAUCAGUUAUUUCGAGGAAGGCGGAACUGCUCCGCCGCCGUUUAACAUCAUACCGACACCGAAGAGCGUCUGGUAUGUCGGACAAUGGAUAUAUCGGAAGCUCUGUGGACACAGCAGGGCGGCCAAAAAGGAGCACAUGCGCACGAUCAGGCGUAAGGUCAAACAGGCUUCCGAGCGAGACUUCAGAUAUCAGAGUAUCAUGAGGAAUUUGGUAAGACGAUACGUCACCGUCGAGCAACGCAAGGCGGAAAACGAAGGUGUCACGGAGGACGACGUGAACGAAAUCAAACAAGACAUCAGUGCAUUUCGCUGCGAGCUUAUCGAGAUACUGAAGAAUUCCGGCAUGAACACGUCGACCGCGGCGAGCAGCGGUACGGACGCUAGCCUUAAAGAGCUGUCCAUAGGUGCGGGUGGCAAGAAAAACCGCCAGAAGGAGCGACGUUUGAUGAAGGGUUUCAACAUCGCGCCGCAACCGGGCGGAAGCGGCACCUUACCGCCCGUGGCGGAAUUUAUCGCGUCCCUUCAGCAAGCGCAGCACGAAAAUUCCCAUAAUGAUCUAUUUGGCUCGACUCUUAGCGGCAUAUUCGGGCCGGGCGGCGCAACCCCGAAAAAGAGCCCACAUCACACCAGCACUAAUAGCGUGCCCGGUCUGGCCACCGGGCCGCGACAAAGUCGCGGCACCAGAGGUAGCUCCCGGAAGAAACGUUGGGGCACUCUGAUCGAGGCGGCGAAGGCCGGAAGAGUCUCCAGAUUGAUCGGUAGAUCUCGUUCGGAGGACUCGGUGUACUCGCCGGCGUCCGAGGACGGCGGAUCGCGGUCCGAGGGUUCCUCGGACUCGAAAUCCUCCUUGGAGGGAGCCAGUCACGAUGUACAAAGCAGAACCCAGCACCCUCCCCCUCACGCUCACUCUCAUCACGCGCAUCAUCACGAGACGCAUCACGUGUUUAGCCACGGUCUGGGCCCGGCUCUGGCCGCCUUAAGAAAGAAGCGCAAGAAGUUCUCCGCCUCGCGGUCCUCCACACCCGCGAUGACCGGCAGCACGAACACGAAUCCCCCGGAAUCGAGCGCGGUGCAGUCGGUCACCACCCUCCUGGCGUCCAGAGUCUACUCGAAGAAGCAGCUGCAGCGCGCGAGCAGCGUGCCAACCCGGGGUCCCGAAUUAACGCCGCAGUCAUCGAUAAUGUCACGACGACACGAGGUCACGCAGAGCCAGCAGCCCAGUCUCGAUGUUGUUGAGAUCGCCAGCAUCAGCGAGCAGCGAGGUGUCGUCAGUGCGGUUCCACUGACGCCGUCGACCACCGAGGAGAGCGUGGUGGCGAGCGGCUCGACGUCGAUCACGGUGAAGCGAAACGGAUCGGCGACGCAGCUGCAACACCUUCCUGGCAUCGAGCCGAUUUCCGGCCACGACGUGUCCACCGGCUGGCUCUGAGGAAAACGACGUGUCGCCGGCGGGCGGCAGCCGACAAGCUAACACAGGAGACAUCAGUCGGAACUCAGCUUUGAGCUUCGUUUUCAACGGCCAUGAGGCUAGGACGACGCCGACGAUAAUCGUGCGCGCACGCGGCACGACCGUCCCGACGUCGGCAGACGCACAAUGAUGCCUUUCUCGCGACGCGACGCGCCACGUUGAUUAAAAAGCGACGUCGAUCGGGAAUCUCGAGGAACCCCCUUCCGCCUGUCGUCGACCCACUCCUGCCUUCGUGAAUAAAGCAUCUUUUAUUCCUUCCUUCCUCCUGCACGACGUCUGGUAAUGACGCGCAAUGGCUCGAGGCUACAAUUCUGAUGUUAUCGGUAUGUUUUAUUUAUUUCAUAUUAUUUUUUUUAUUUUACAUAUAUAUUGAUUUUCACUGAUUCUCUGCACUUUAUAUGCGCGAAGGGACUUUGGCGAUUAUUCUGGUAAGUUUUUAUCUUUUUCUUCUUUACUUUAUAUUGUUUUUUUAAUUUAGACAUAUUGCAAUGUCACUCGUACGCAUUUUACUCGUUGAUUUUAUUAAUUAUUUCGAAAUUAAUAGAAAUCACAAAAUAUCGUGCGAUUGAUCGCGGACUGCGGGAGUUCUCUCUUUUCUCUACACGACCGCAGGAUCUUUUCGCGUGACCGCGCGAUGAUCAACGGUAGAUUAUACUGAAAACUACUACUAUUACUAUAUACUACUGCCAGAACGGAAGUGGCAUGUGUGGGUCGGCGGCGAAUAGUCUAGUCAACACUAGUCAGAGAAGAUCUUGUAACGGCAGGAUGAAGAGGAAAAAAAAAACGGCAAUUAUUACAUUAUUAAGUUGAACUAUCGAGGAACGACGAAUUAUACGUGAUAUCAUAUAAGUAUCGCGAACAGACUCUAUCGUACCUUCAGAGAGCUGGUCUACUGAAGAAACGAAACUCAUAGCUUCCUAGCUCCUGUUAAGCUAUUCUUUCUCUUCGGCGCUUCAUUUCUUCUAUAUAUUUCACAGACUUAUACUCUAGUCAUUAAUCGAUACAAUCAUUGCCAACGGACGAUUUUUAUUAUUUUUUAUUCUACAAUAAAAAUAUGAUAGCUUAGACACAGCGGCCGAGAAGAUAAAGGGCGUCGAGAAGUAAUUAUGUAAUAAUUCUUCUGUAAGGAUGAUUACAGGGGGAGAGACAGUUGGAUCCUUAAAGUUCUACUUCCUCAAUAUUCCAAUCUAAUUAUAAUCAGACGUUAACUUCGACUUUGCGAUCGCCGACAAGUCGAUCUUUAACGAUCCAGCGCGCGCUUUCUGCUCACGUCGAGACUCUCGAACAGCCGCCGAAGUCCUUCGUCGCGUCGGCAAGAGAGAACGGCUGGAUCGAUUCGCGAUACGCGGAAGGAAAACCGGAGAACAAGUGGCACGACCAAAGAACACGCCGUAGCACAUAGUCGGGUAGUGGCCUAAAGGAACGGGAGGAUCCGAUACUAUUUCCUAGAUAUUACGUAUAUGUUAAUAAUAAUUAUGAUUAUUGUUAAUGUUAAACGGCACGCGCGGACCACGGGCGAAUUCUCGAGAGGCGAGUCGCCCGUGAAGGGCACUGUCCAAUCGCUCGCUCGCUUUUCGUCUCCCUACUUGUCACAGGUCUUCCCGUGGUCCCGGCAGCGCCGUAAAAGAGAUAUAGUCAUUAUUGAAGUGCUAUAUACUUACCAAGUGGACCAAAUCACCGUGUUACAUUGAUUUAAAGAGCAAUAUUUUAUUCUUUGAAUGAAACAGCACUCGACAAGCGAGAGAGAGAGAGAGAGAAAACGGAUGUAGAAUACUAAAUAUCGAAGUUACUCGAAGUAUUUAAAGUCGUAUAACGUUGCACCGUGGAAGAUGAUCGACGAAUCUGUUAUUUUAAUAGUGACAAUUUGGCGCUCUUGGUAGAUGUAUAGUCAUUGAAUCAUUAUAUCGCCUAUGUGUAUUAUUUAUAUGAGAUUAUUAAUGUAACUGUGUGAAGCUAGAUCUCCAGUUGGUGGUAAGUAGCGAGUGUUCGUGUUGUGGACGAGGGAGAAUGCCGUGAACAAUGCACGCGAGCGGAAACGGCCGAUUUUAAUGGACGGGAAAAUACAAUGCGAUACAGUUAUUCGAAUAAAACGACAGUCCUGCGAGUCCGAUCGAAUUUUCUCACGAUUGCGAGGGUAAGAGAAACUGGCAGGACGACUUCUAUUCGCAAAAUUCCGCGUGUCCUCGCGCACAAAACACACAUACGUCACGGAGGAUAAUGGAAAAUCGUGGUAAGAUGGAAAAACCUCACGAGAGCACGAAAGUUUUGGAUGUUUUCCAAAGACAGCUGAUUGCAAUUUGAAGUCCGCGGGCUGGAUUACGGGCGCAUGAAUCACGGUGUUGCAGCGUAAAGAUAACAAGCGUGAUACCUAAGGCAUUAAUCGGCUCGAGUCGUAUGCCGCUCGAGACAAUAUACUACGUUUCAAAAUGCGGUGGCGCGAAUAAAAAACGAGGGACGGGAAUAUUAAUUGCAUUUUCUGAAUUUCGAGUCUAAUUUAAAUUGCUUUUUCCUAUAUAUAUACAUUUUACGAUAUAAUAUUAGCAAACUGUGUGUCGAGCACAAAAAAAAGACCCUUUUCCAUUGUUUCUAUUUGACGCAAUGCCGGAAAUUUAAUACUACGAUUAAUCGCUUUGUCCGAUAAUCACAAUAUUAAUUCGCUGCACUGUAAACGAUGGUGUUUGCGUUUAAACAUAACGCAGCGAGAGAUAAAUGUUUCAUCCGACGUAAAGCGAUUAUAUCGACUCCGCAUUGUAGUGUGUUGAUUGAAAUUCGAUGGGAAUUAGCAGACAACAAUCGACACAAAAUGACCAUUAAUAAAAUAUCAUUUAUUCUGAUACAUCCGUUUAUUUUGUACCCAGCAUUUGUUGCGAGGAUAAAACACAGCGUAAUACUUGAAUGAUCGAUUCAUAAAAAGGCAGCAUCGAUAGUGAAGGAUUGGCAGUAAUGUACAUCGAUAAUUCAUAAAAGUACCGAUUGAUAUUAAUUCUGGGAUGUGAAUCAGUUACAAAACAGUUCGUUCAAAAAUAACAUUCAAUUUGAACACGAUCGAGUAAUGGAAAAUGCAAUGCUUUUAAUAAUAAAAUAUUUUCAAUCGAGUCUUUUGUGUUACUGUCUUUACUAAAAAAAAAAAAA